AUUAAGGGUAUUAUAGAUAUUAACCGCUCUAACUUUUAACGUGAGAGUUCCGUUGCAAAAACUUACUUCGCAAAUAAUAGUAUUGAUUCCAUUUGAAAAUUAAUAAAUAGCUUUUCGCCUAUUCUUAGUUUCCAAAACUAACUUUUCUAAAAAAAAAAAUUAAAACCUUUAUUUUAAAGAUAAUAGUAACUUAUAAGGCAACAAACUGCUCAAAAAUCCUAACAAAAAUAAAAAAAUAAUGGUAGCUAAUUCGCAUUAGGGAAGUGAUUCUAGAUACUAAUAUCGUAUAAAACCAUUAUAAUAAAACAAAUCGAGUAUAUGAAAAUAUUUUGUGGUUGUGGGGGUGGGUCAAUCUAUUUGGAAAAGGAAAAUAAGAUGUUUCGGAUAGAGAUACUUGACAAGUCGGCUCAUCCUUGCUUUAUAUAUAAGUACACUCUCAGUGCUUUCUUUGAAACCAAAAGAUAAAUUAUCAUCAAGCUACCAAGGUACGUUAAGACUUUCAGUGCAUUAAUUCUUGCGCACAUCCAGUUGUUUUUGGCGUAUGCAUUAGUUUGAUUCUGUUGAAACCGUGUUUCUAGGGUUUUGUUGUCAAGCAUCUUCUAACUGAUCCAGAAGGAUUUAAUAUGGCUCAUCCAAGGGACUUAAAGUUCUCUCCGAUUGACCAGAAUUUGGUGGGGUAUUAUCUACGCAACAGAGUGGAUACAGGAAAAGAUGGUUUCAUCACAGAUAUCAAACUUUAUGAAGACGAGCCGUGGCUUCUUCCGCACGUCAAGAAUGAUCAAUUCAAAGAGAACAUGUGGUUUUACUUUGUUCUAAGGACACGUAAUUUGGGGAGCAGGCCCAAACGCACGGUUCCCGGUAGAGGAAGCAGUAACGGCGGAACUUGGACGACAAGUGGCGUAAAGAAGGCGAUCACUGACCGUAACAACCCCAAGGUUGUGAUCGGAUACAAAACAGAACUCGCGUACCACAAGAAAGUCAAGGGAAAGCUUAAAGGAGACACCACUGGUUGGUGUAUGACGGAGUAUUGGCUUGCAAGUGAGAACGAUGCUCAGUUCCAAGAAGUAGUCUUGUGUCAUCUCCGUGACAAUAACAAGAUGGUCGUUGACGAGAGCAAAAACGGAGACAAUGACAUCGCCACAGAGCAGCCUCAACAAGGGAACAGCGAUGACAACAACAAUAGACUCCUUGACUUCACUCAUCAACAGCGGCCACUGAUUCCUCCUUUUGAAGGACAGGGAUUGAGACUUCAAACCAUUAUGGGAUAUUCUGAUAAGGCCACUCAAGAACAACAACAUCCACCGAUUUCUCCUCCUCCUCAACGUCAAGAUUCCGGAAGCAUAAACAACGCACUUGUAAUCAUGGAAGAUGAGUGUGUUAGCCAAGAUGAAAUAUUCAAUCUAGCUGACCUGGAAGCCGGCAUCACUCAUCCACAACAACAACAUCGUCAGAUGAUGGUGGAUCCUUAUGAUGAUAUAUCUUUCUCAAGAUUGGCAAUGCCGAACAACCUGAUUUACCAUCAUGAAGACUCAUGGCAUCAAGAUACCUCUCCAUGGAACAACACCAAUCCUCGUGGACUCAUAUUCAAUUCUCAUGGAUAUGAGAUCCAAGAUCAAACUGUCACCAAGGGACACAAUCAAGAUUCAUAUUAUUAGCCGACAUUUUCUUCUGAUGCAACACAAGAGCAAAUAAAGUAGUCAAACAUAGGAAACAUGUAUAGUUCGUUUGGUUAUGGUUAUUAUUUCUGGAUCUUUUAAUGAGAAUUUAUCUCAUCAUUAAAAGUUUGUAAAUGAUCUUUGUGUUUGAUUAAACCGAUCCAAACACCCUUUUAUCGAAAUCAAAAAUUUCUGGAGCACUCAUCUGCUAGUGUGAUACCACCGAUAACGCCUAUGAAUACUAAAAAAACUCCACGCAUGAGUUUAACAUUGGAAAAAGUACGUACAGUUCCUUUGGUUUAAUUACGCUUAAGUCACUGCAUAGUUCGGUUGCUAUAUUUGGAUUUUAAGUGAGACUUUAUCUUUAUGUGCUUGAUUCUAAAGAAAGCAAGGCCUAAAGAGCUCAAAGAUAAAGCUUCGAGGCUGAUUAAUUUAUUUGGUUAAAUUGUUGAGUUUGAUUUCUGGUUAACUUUCAAGAAAAAUGUUUUAAAAAAAAAAUUAUAUUGUUUAUCUUUUCAGAAUUUCAUAGUUUUUGGAAAAUUAAGUUGGAUGAUAUGCAAUUUAAAAAAUCUAUUGAAUAACUGUUUGUUCAUAUAUUGUUAUUGCAUAUUCAUUGUCUUUUCGAUAAUUUUUUUUUAAAUCUGAUAUCUAAUUGAUAGUUAAAAUUUAUUUCAUAUUCGUUUAAAAAUACCAAAAAGCUUUCACUGAGAUACUUAUUCGUUUUCGUAAAACCAACGAUACGAAGACUGGAAUCCAGAUAAGAGAGUAUGGAUCGAUGAACUAAAACCGAAAGAGGCCAUCGGUUGAUUCACUAAACAAACAAACCGAAGUAUUCCUUGGCCACAAGGUCAAACGAAACCUUCACGCCAAAUGCGAAAAAACUUCUCUAACACGUUCUCAUAACGUAAAAUUUUAUUUGAAAGAAAAUUCAUUCUUUAGUGCCGCGAGACGUCGCAGAUACUCGAAGAACCAGAUUACGACGUAAAAUAUCUUCCUAGAUGAAAGUUCUGUCUCGGAAACUCAAACAGUAAUAUGCACUAACAUCUUCUCAAACACACAUCCUUCACGAAGGCUCAAACUCAAAUGGUAACACUUACCAUUCCGUUUGUUGCUGAUCACAACAAACAAACUCCAACGUCCUAAACAGACUUAG